AUGAAUCAGAGACAGCGCGAGUUGUAUGACAUGGUCAAGAGUGCGAGUGGAACGCUCCAUCUGAAUGACAAGCAGAUUAGCGAUAUUGAAACGCAGGCGAUUGCUGAGGCACUCAAAGUGAACACGAAGCUGACUGGGCUCCAUCUGGCUGAGAAUCGGAUUGGCGCUGCUGGAGCACAGGCGAUUGCUGAAGCACUCAAAGUGAACAAGACGCUGACUCUGCUCAAUCUGCACAACAAUCAGAUUGGCGCUGCUGGAGCACAGGCGAUUGCUGCAGCACUCAAAGUGAACGCAACGCUGACCUGGGUCUAUCUGUGGGCGAAUCAGAUUGGCGAUACUGGAGCGACAGCGAUUGCUGAAGCACUCAAAGUGAACAAGCCUCUAAAGGAGCUCCAUCUGAGCAAGAAUCAGAUUGGCGAUGCGGGAGCGCAAGCGAUCGCUGAGGCACUCAAAGUGAACAAGACGCUGACAAGGCUUGAUCUGCGCCAGAGUCAGAUUGGCGAUGCGGGAGCGCAAGCGAUCGCUGCGGCACUCAAAGUGAACAAGACGCUGACAAGGCUUGAUUUGCACAAUAAUUUCCUUACCAACACUGGAAUAAAUGCACUCAAGCAAACGGGCAAUACCAUUUGUAACUCUAGCCUUGACAAUCAGCGUGUUCCGUCCCCUGCCAACUUUCAAAUUGCAGCUCGUGCCGCAGCAAGCGCAGCAAUUGAGAAUCUGCAACUGCGCGGCAAGUUGGCCACGAAAAACCAGGAGCUGCAACAACUUCGUUCAAAUCUCGCUGCCAAGGACCAGGAGCUUACAGCCAAAGAUCUUGAGCUGAAGUCAGCCCUUGAUCGGAUCGACGUGCUUGAGCACAAUCAACCUACUGAUGGAUCCGCAUCGAACUUUGACGGACCCGUCCCACAAGUGCCUCUCGCAACUCUCGUCUCCGCCACGAACAAUUUUGCUGAUGAUUCUCUGCUCGGCGAAGGAGCAUUUGGUCGCGUGUAUGGCGCUAGUUUGCCUGGCCCUCGCGUUGCCAUAAAAAAGCUGUCCGCCGAAUCCAAGCAGGGCUCGGUCGAAUUCAAGUCGGAACUGGACUCCUUGUCGAAAUUCCGUCACGCAAACAUUAUUGCCAUUCUGUCUUAUGCAGAGGAAGGCGACGAGCGAUGCCUGGUGUACGAGUUCAUGCCAAACGGAUCGGUUCGUGAUCGCUUGGAUCGCAAGAGCAACACGCCUCCGCUGACCUGGUCUCAGCGCCAUGGCAUUGCCGCUGAUGUCGCCCGCGGCAUGCACUACGUCCAGACAGCCUUCCCUGACCAUGCACUGUUCCAUCUCGAUCUCAAGACGGACAAUGUGCUUUUGGAUGAGCAUUUCAACGCAAAAGUUUCGGAUUUUGGUCUCGUCCGCGCUGCCCAACACCUCGAUGAGAAGAGCUACCUUCGUACACAGACCGUUCAAGGCACUGCUGUUUACAUGUGCCCCGAGUUCCUUAUCGAUGGCAGAAUGACGGUCAAAACGGACGUUUAUGCUUUUGGCAUGAUUCUACUGGAGCUGUUAACUGCCCUCAAGCCUACCAGCCGUCUGAAGCUUGAUACGCGAAAGGCUGUAAAAACGCAGAAAUUCGUUGAGAUGCUGGACUCGGCGCUCAAACCAACCGAGGCAGAGCAGCAGAGCAUCACCGAGAUUGUCACCCUCGCGCUCGAGUGUCUUGAUGACGAUGCCGAUGAGCGUCCGUCUUUUGGACGCCUCCUUGCUACAUUGGAUCCUUGAUGGCAAAUUGAAGAUAUGAUCAGGGCUCAGCACGUUCUUUUCUCCUCGUUCUUCACUGCCUUUCCCCCCCCCCCAAACUCAUUCAAUUCAUUUUUCCUGAACAGGUUGUACCAGUUGCUUCUUGCAUAGAUCCGAGAUGCGGAGAAUCAUCCUUUCAAUACAUCUUUUUUUACCUGA